GCAACAUGUCAUCGUUGACAUAUGAAUGCUACAAAGAGACACAAAGGUCAUGACAGUCACAAUAGGUCACCAAUUAGUAUGGCCAGAUCAAAUAUCACUGCGUGCUUGCGCUGCCGCCAUAAAAAGAAACGAUGUGACCAACAACUGCCAAAAUGCAGGAUGUGUCAAAAUGCUGGAGUCGAGUGCGUGAGCUACGAUGCUGUGGCCCGGAGACAGAUUCCUAGAAGCUACGUACACAGUCUCGAAGAACGGGUGGCAUAUCUGGAAAUGAAGCUCCAAGAACGUGGCGGCACUGACCUUGACCUUGAUAACGCACCGAUCGAGCAUUCGCCUCAAGCUUUUGACAUCGAAACCUCGCAGACAGCAGAACAUUCGCCACUAGGAGCAAGCACCACUGUACACCUUGCACGGGUGUCAAGUCUGGGAGCCGACGUCACGUUUGGGCAGGUUUCUAAUUUGGUGCAGCGCAAUUCCACUCAUGAACCUGCCUUCCGCAAGGUCUUACUAAGAGAGCUUAUGAACGGAUCGAUGGGCCAACGGCCUCCUCCCAGUGAGACGCCUGGCCAAGACGUCGCAGAAGAGGCGCUCACCUCCCAAGCAAUGACCGAUCUAGACACUUCGCCUGUUGCCCUCCCGACGAAAGAUGGCGCCGAGAGCCUUGUCAAAGCGUAUUUCCAGUUUGCAAACCAGAGUUUGCCCUUGCUACAUGAGCCUACGUUUCGACAAAGAUUGGAUUCGCUGUACGCCAUCCCACGGACGGUAGACUUGAACACAGCUCAGACCAGUAGAGAAUCUCGGAUGGACAUCUUCUUCGUCUAUGAGGCAUUUGCCGUGGCGUUACUGAUACUGCAAAAGCAGGACCCUUCAAGGAUCCCUACCUCAUUGGCUGAUCGAUAUCACCAGACAGCCCUCAAAGGCCUGGUCGACGCUGGUCUGCCGAACGAUUUGGAGGGCGUGCAAUCACUUCUGCUUCUUGCGCAGUACUCCUAUCACCACCCCAUAGCCUGGACAGUCUGGAAGACAAUUGGUGCUGCUCUUCGUCUUGCGGUCGAAGUGGGCCUCCAUCAAGAUCCACCUGCGGGCACGAUGGACUGCCUCACGUUGGACAAUUGGAGGAGGACAUUUUGGGUUGCAUAUGCGAUGGACAGAAAUGUUUCCGUCGCCCUGGGCUUGCCGCUGUGUCUCUCUGAUGGUGCUAUCACUGCAAAGUUCCCAAGUCAAGAAAAUGAUGAAUGCAUCACGCCAGAUGGCAUAAACGUGGUCGACGAAAAUGCACCAAAGCCGAAACGUGUCAGCAUCCACGUCUUCCGCUACCGGAGAAUCCAGUCAGAAAUGCAAACAGUCCUAUACGAGAAUCCAUCUGUGGCAGCUUGUCCUACGAUGGACCUGUGCCGAUGGCAGGAACAAAUGCACAACCGCAUUCAAUGCUGGUACAACGACACGCCACGUCGGGAAACUCUGACGGAUCGUGAAAGAAAGAACCUAGAAAACUUUGAACUCACCUAUCAUCGGGCAUUGUUGUACCUGUAUCGGCCCUCACGAAACAUUCCAUCCCCGCUUGAAUCGUCACUGCUGGCAGUUGCAGAGGCUGCCACCCACAUGAUUCGCCUGUACCCUACAUUCUUCCGCGAGCACCGGCUGACAAUAUACUGGCAAGCCGUGGAGAAUCUACUCUCUGCUGGCACAGCGCUGCUGUACAGCUAUGUCGAUUCGCCCCAGUGCUGUGGGGAAUGGUUGAGCAUUUUCCUGAUUUCAAAGGAAAGCGUGACGCCUUUGACAUUGUCUCAUCAAGGAUACUGGCAGAUCUGA